AAAUAAUCCUGAUAAAAAAGAAAAUAGCAAAAAAAGCACCAAACCGAAAAAAUAUAUAUUCUCUGGUCGCCACUCUUGUAGUUGCGAACAAGCAGCGCAGUCGAUACUCUCCGGCGAUACUUCACCGCUUUCACGGCGAGGUACGGCUCUCGUUUGAGUAGGCAUGAGUAGAACAAAAGAUAUGAGUAGAACAAAAGACACGAGUAUAAAAAACAACCCGUUGGUAUUUAUGGACAUAUCAAUGGAUGGAGCUCCUGCAGAAAGAAUUGUUUUUGAGCUUUUUGCUGAUGUUGUGCCUCGGACGGCUGAGAAUUUCCGUGCACUCUGUACAGGUGAAAAGGGAGUUGGAAGCUCUACAGGGAAACCUCUUCACUUUAAAGGCACCGUGUUUCAUCGCAUAAUUAAGGGUUUCAUGGCUCAAGGUGGUGAUUUUUCCAAGGGGAAUGGGACUGGUGGGGAAAGUAUAUAUGGAGGGAAGUUUGCAGAUGAAAACUUUAAAAUGGAUCAUAGUGGACCUGGACUUCUCUCUAUGGCAAACGGUGGUCCAAACACAAAUGGGUCCCAGUUCUUUAUAACUUUCAAACGCGCGCCACAUCUUGAUGGGAAACAUGUUGUUUUUGGAAAAGUUGUAAAGGGAAUGGACAUUGUAAAGAAGAUUGAGCAGGCGGGAACUAAAGUUGAUGGGAAGCCUUCACAGAUUGUUAAAAUUAUAGGCUGCGGGGAAACUUCUGAAAGUAAAUCUGAAUAUUCGGUCGAUGCAGAAAAAGGGAAGAAGAAAAAGUUAGUCAAAGCUCUUUCAUCUGAUGAUAGUUCUGAUGAGCAAUCUAAAACAAGACGUAAAACAUCUCAAAAAGACAAGAGGAAUAAGAGAAAAAGGAAAUACUCUUCAUCUGAUUCAUCAAGCUAUACGAGUUCAGAUACCGAAUCUGAAUCUGAUUCCUCUUCUGAUUCUGACUCUGAUUUAGAUUCUUAUUCUUCAAGUUCAUCAAGUGAUGACAGGCGCCACAAAAAGAAAAGGUCUACCAAGAGAGAUAGACACCAAAGCAAAAAAAAGAAAGAUAAAAGAAGGGGCAGGAAAGGUGGACGUAAUGAAAAAAGAGGCAGGCACAAAUCCAGAAGGACUUCUGUGAGUUCAAGUGGUUCAGGUAGCACCAGCAGCAGUGGGAGCAGUUCUGAUGACGAAAAAGCCAGUGGCCGUGUUUCUUCCCGUAAAGGCCGGAAUAUUUCAGAUGUUAAAACUAAAACAAAAGUUCCUGGAACAGAGGCAGAAGCAGAACAUGAAAGGGAUCUUAAACUGAAAACCGGAGUGGAUAAAUCGUCAGAUGAAGAGGGUCAGUUUUUGCAGGACGAAAAAUUAACCAAAAAUGGCCAGUCCACAGAAAAGAAAGCUGAUAAAACUACUAUCCGUCAGUAUGCGGAUGAGUCGAGCAAAUCCAGGAGCCUGAGCCCCACAAAAAGGCCAAAGUCUGACAGUGACCGCAGUCCUAGAAGGAUUACUAGAAGUCCCAGUACUCAGAAUGGCAGUAGAUCCCCUGUGAUUAAAUCUGCUCAGCAAAUUAAGAAUUUUUCAAGGAGUCCAAGGAGAAGUCCUGCACACAAAGCCCCUGAACCAUCUGGUUCAAAUGUUAAUCGAGGUUUGUCAAGGAGCCAGUCUUCAAAUGGCUCUCCCAAGCGCAUUAGAAAAGGUCGUGGCUUCACUGAACAGUACUCCUCUGCACGACGGUACCAUACCCCAUCUCCAGAUCGUUCUCCUCGUGGAUACCGCUAUGGUGGAAGAAAUUUUCCUGAAAGGAGACAUGAUAGGUAUCCAAGCUACAGAAAUUAUUCUGAACGUCCCUCACAAAGACGGUACCGAAGCCCACCCAGGUAUCAAAGGCGAAGGAGUAGAAGUAGGAGCGCUUCUCGCUCACCAGGCGUUCAUGAUGGGCAUAAUGGGGAUCGUAGGCGGAACCGUAUACGCAGUCCUAGCCCCAGGGAGAAACGACCUGCAUUGAGUGACAAAUUAAAGUCUCGUCUAGGUCCUCCAGUGGAAAAGAGUGGAAGGGCAACCUCAAGAUCAAGAUCCAAGAGCCGUGGUCCUCGUUCUGUAUCUCCUGAUGCUGUUAUAGAAGAGUGUCCCACGAAAGUAGUUGCUCUAUCACCAAGCAGAUCUAGAUCAAGCUCCCCAGCUCCGCAAAGAGGUUUGGUUUCAUAUGAAGAUAUCAGCCCCAGCCCUUGAAUUUGUGCCAUUCCGAUUUCUACUGAUGGGUUCCUUCAAUGGUUUGGUUCUGUCCAGGCCUUUAAUUUGCUACAGAAUCAAACUGUAUUAUUAGCGUGAUGUUUACAAGAAAAAUUGUUUAGACUAUUUAAAUGACGCUUCUGCAAUUUAAUCAUUUGAACUUCCUUGUGGAAGAUGCUAGUAUGAUUGAAGAGGUGCUGCUUUAUUUUUGAGAGUAGACAUUCAGAAUUUAAUUCCCA